UUUGUUUUUUUAUUUUCUGGAAAUUGAGGUUAGUUUUUUUUUAAUUCAUCUUAUGAAAGUUUUAUUUGUUAUUUGUUACUAAAGUAACUAAGUAAUGGCUAAACUUGAGUUAAUACAGACUUUGAAAAAAGAUAACGGGCGAGUGUGGAAUGUUAAUUGGCAUCCCAAGGGCGAAAUAUUCGCUUCUUGUGGUGAAGAAAAAUCUAUAAGAAUUUGGGGAAAGGAUAUGACUGGCAAAUGGUGUAAUAAAUUAGUUCUUUCUGAGGGUCACAAACGAACAAUAAGACAAGUUGCUUGGUCCCCUUGUGGUAAUUAUUUAGCUUCAGCUAGUUUUGACGCAACAACCUCUAUUUGGGACAAAAAAAGCGGAGAAUUCGAAUGUAAUGCUAGUCUGGAAGGUCAUGAAAAUGAAGUGAAAAGUGUUGCUUGGUCUAGAUCUGGACAGAUACUAGCUACUUGUAGCAGGGAUAAAUCUGUAUGGAUUUGGGAGGUUGCCGAUGAUGACGAGUAUGACUGUGCUGCUGUUUUAAAUGCUCACUCACAAGAUGUCAAAAAGGUACUAUUUCAUCCAGAGAAAGAUCUUUUGGCCUCUGCAUCAUAUGACAAUACAAUAAAGUUAUUCAGAGAAGACCCCAGUGAUGAAGACUGGGUAUGUUGUGGUACUUUAACUGGCCAUGAAUCAACAGUUUGGAGUAUUAAUUUUGAAGGUAAUGGUAAACGACUUGCUUCGUGUAGUGAUGAUCAGACAGUAAAAAUAUGGAAAGAAUAUCCACCCGGCAAUCCAGAGGGAGUUGCUACUGUGGAUGGAGAUUCAACUUGGAAAUGUAUAUGCACCUUAACUGGUCAUCAUGGCAGAACAAUUUAUGAUAUCAGUUGGUGUCCUAAAACUGGACUUAUAGCCACAGGUUGUGGAGAUGAUGCAAUUAGGGUAUUCAAAGAAAAUGAAACGUCUGAUCCCAAUGCACCUACUUUUGAUUUGAUUUGUACAGUUGACAGGGCACAUAACCAAGAUGUAAACUGUGUGGCAUGGAAUCCUGCCAUUGCAGGACUAUUAGUGUCUUGUAGUGACGAUGGCGAAAUUAAGCUUUGGAAUUUUGUUGACAUAUAGUUUACAUGGGUAAACAUAAUUUGUGGUUAGAGAUUACAUUCAUAAAGUGUCUAUUCGUACUUACUUUACCUAUUUACGUUCUCAUGUUUUAUAUAAAAGUACUUAGAGAUAUUUAAACCGCUAAUUUCUAAUAGUUAAAAAAUAUCAAUCAGUCUAAAAUAAUUUUUUCUUUUUGGAUAUUUUGUUGCCUGUGAAUAGUUACCAAUUUAUAGAAAAAAUCCGUUGUGCUAGGAGCAUCAGUUAAGGGUUAUUUUUUAUGAAAAUGGUUUUGCCAAAUCAAAAAUUAACAAGCCUAUUCAAUGGUUUGAAAACAUUUCCCUUAUAGCAGUCUCUUAAGUUUUUGAAACAAAUCAAAGUCUGUUGGGCGCAUUCUGGACUAUAGGGUCGAUGGAGAAGGGUUUACCAUAUGAAUGGUUUCUUAAGUUUUGGAAAAAAAUUAGUCUGUUGGGUUCAUGUCAGGAUUAUAGGGUAGCUGGGAAGGAUUUCGCAUCCCUAAUUCUCUAAAACUCUGCACACAGGUUCGGCAAUGUGCGGUUGCAUUAUCAUACAGAAUGAGCACUCCAGCUACCAUAGUGUUGGCCCUUUUUUGUCCACAAAAUAUUUCGCAGAAAGUGCCGCCCUGUUACAGUGGUUCCCUGGGGCACUGUUGCUAUCGGUCCAUGCUUGUCAUAAGCCAUAAUCAUGAUCAGAUUGACUGGAUUGUUGGCGAUGGCAUUUUGUUGUCUGAGGAGAGUCAGGAUGUUUCCACUGGGAGGAAGUGGGAGAUUGCAAUUCUGGUUCAAAAUCUCAAAUCCAUGUUUCAUCUAUAGCAACAAUCGUGUUUAAAAACUGGUCUUCCUCUAUCUCGUAACAUUGAAGCAAUUGUGCCAUUCUCUUGCGAUUUGCUUUUUGCUUUUCACUCAGAUGAUGAACCCAUUUUACAGCGAUUUUUCUUUUCUACAGUUUCUCAGUUAUGAUUCUGAACACCGAAGAGACAGACAUGUUUUGUUUUUGUUUUGCGUCGAUCUUUUUAUAAAAUGUCAAUAAUGGCAGCGGAAGUGCGGAAAUAACACUCGACUGAUCCUUUUGGUACUAGUUUUUCUUCAGUAAUUUUUAAAUUUUCAUCACAUAUGGGAAAUAUCCACUAAAUAAGAAAAAACUAUAGACAACACAGUUGAUGUGUAAAUAUCAAUUUCAAAUUGUAAAAUUUUUGUUUACUGUUAAUAAUUACUGUUAUGUUUUAUCAUUUUAUUUUAUAAUUGUUGUAAAAGAAAAUAUUUCAGUUUGAAUUGAAAUAUAUUUUCUCCUUGCUUAUCAGUUCGUACCCCUAAGCAUUUUCUGCUACAGAUUAUUGGUAGUGUAUAAAUGGUAGUGUACUUGUGUAAAUUUCAAAUGACUUAAAAGGUUUUAUAAAUUACUGAUAUUUUAUAUUUGAACAAAUUACUGUUGUUUAUUAAUACUUUUUAUUACUGGUAUUUAUUAAUACUUUAUGAAGCUGUUACAAUGAUUGUCGUAUUUUCUUCCCUGAAGAUAGCCGAAACUAGUUGGAAAGAAAAUUAAAAAAUUUAUAUUGAAUUAGAAAGGACUAAUUUUUUCCCAAUUAGUUCUAGAGCUAUUCAGUAUUAGAAUAGAUUUUUGUCAAGAAUGAUUAUAUUGGAUAGAUUGAUCUGUAUUAUGAUUUAUAUGGAUUGAUCUAUCUCAAUACCAUAUACUUACUAUACUCCACGGUCGAAAUUAUAUAGUAGAGAUUAGAGAUUGA